AUUUAUUUAUUAAACACCAUCAUGUGUACAAAGAAGUAAAUAUUACAAUUUGUCAUUUUAUUUAGCUGGUCACUUUCCAGCUUGUGUCAGACUCAUCUUGUUUUUAUCACAACUAAGAAAAUGGUAAGAGUCUAUACUCUCGUCACAAAGUUUACACACACAAGUAGGUAGAGUUUCGCUAUGAAAAAGCUAUUAUUAUGCAUGCUGUUUUUUUAAGUUUGCUUCAAUAGCUUAAUAUUAUUCGUUUGAGCUUACAAACUUCGACAAUUUACUUUGCUGGAUUAAGUUUCACGGACUAAAUUAAAAGUCAUUAUUCAAUCAAGACUAAUGUAGAGAGUGCGAAAGGGGAAUAAUUGUCGUGCUUGCUCCUGAAGUUAAACUAAUAGACCUCUGCAUCAUAGAUCACCAGCUGCAUCAUUCUUGUGCAAGAGUCGCUCAAAGGAAACAGCUCCAUUUGUGUGGGGACAACCCAAUCAGUGGAUUUUAAUUGAAACACUGCUAGUGAAAAUUUGUGAUAAGAUUCAUGGCCUUGUAAAUUCUACAAACCUGAGCUUAACUCUGAUUUGGUUCACUCGAUCAACGCAAAAUUCACGGUAAGAUAGCGUGGACGACGCAGAUUGCUGUUCGAAAAAUAAGAUAAUCGGUCAGAUCGACUCGGACGCCGCCAAGUGCAUUCAACUUUCCACGCAAGGUCUGGAAAAAUAUAGAUUUUUACAAGCAGACCCGGCGUGGAUUUAAUUCCAUUCAGAAUGCAUUUGUGUCGGACGUCCGCCUUCUCCUUCCUGAUUUUCGCUUGUCGACUGGCGAUGGGAAGCGCAUCUUACGAUUUAGUUUUCGAGCCGAGCAUUUUGCGACAGCUUGGGAUGAUGGCCAAUCAAAGUAUUACCGUCUGGACCAACAAUUCUCUUGGCCACUUGUCAUUGUGCGCUUUUUCGUCGAUGACUGAAGUGGCUGAAGUAUCUGAAGAACCAUUAGAGUUUGAGCUGGCUGACGAUGAAAGCCACUCCAAGUACAAAUCCAACUUUACGAUUUUCGGCAAGUUCCUUGGCUACUCCAAGGUGACCAUUCGCACCUGUGCUCAGGACAUUCCUGAAAUGGGGGUCGUGCAGUACAGCGACAAGAUGUUCGUCUCGGUCAUCCGAGUGGACACCUGGAUGGACGCCUUUUUUAUCGGCACUAUCACGGUACUUCUCUUCUUCAUCUACAUCAACUUUGGCUGCGCUCUCGACAUUGCUGUGGUCAAGAAAACUCUGAAAAGACCCAUCGGCAUCACUAUUGGACUGGUCUCUCAGUUCAUCUUCAUGCCUCUGAUGAGUUUUUUCAUCGCUCGGCUAGUGUUCCCUGAGCAACCAGCCUUGCAGCUGGGUCUUUUCUUCAUCGGUUGCUCGCCCGGAGGGGCGGCCAGCAACAUUUGGACUCUGGUGCUGGAUGGCAACCUCGAUCUAUCAGUCACGAUGACGGCGGUCAGCACAUUCGCCAGCUUCCUCACGAUUCCGUUUUGGGUUUUCACGAUGGGCCACAUAAUUUUCUCUGACGCCGAGAUCGGGGUGCCGUACAAGAGGAUCGGAAUAACCGCCAUCACUCUUUUCGUUCCGUUGAUCAUCGGCAUUGUCUUCCAGUACAAGCUGCCCAGGGUGGCCAAGUUCCUGAUAAAGGCCCUGAAGCCAUUCGCCGCCUUCAUGCUUGUGUUCAUCGUCGUCGGCACUUUCUCUAAUUUGUUUCUCUUUAGGUUCGUCGACUGGAUGUUGUUGAUUGCAGCAAUCAGCAACCCUCUCCUUGGCUACCUCUUCGGCGCGUUAGUUGCCAAAUUGUUCAGACAGACGGAGCGGGACAUUAUUGCAAUCUCUAUAGAGACUGGAAUCCAGAAUGGAGCAAUUGCAGUCUUGCUAUUAAAGACGGCACUUGAAGCUCCAGAAUGUGAUAUCUCAGCAGUGGUGCCAGUGACUAUUUUCAUCACGACCCAAGUGCCUUUGGUGAUCUUGCUCGUGAUUUUAAAGAUACGCAAUCGCAUUCGAGCAAAGAGGGAAGAAAAGAAUAAGCAGCAGGCGGGCAGCGACGCUUAUGAAGUUGAAAUUCCGCUCAAUCGGAAGCCCAUCGUGAGGACCAACUAGAACCCGCGCUAUGCCAAAGAAACAAUCAGUAUUCUGCAAUAAUUAUAUUAUUUUGCUCAUGUAGUAUUAUAUAUCCAGUGUAAUUAAAUCAAAAUUGACUAGAUCCAUCGAAUUUAGAUAAAUUUAAAAAUUGAAAUAUUUAACAGUCAGAAUGAAAUUAAAAAAAACACUUAUUCUGGACAGAAAUGUAAAUUGAA